AUGACUAUAGGACAUGCCUUAACAGCAGUGGAUAAACUCCUCAAGGAUUUGAUGAAAAAUUCCCAACCAUUUGGAGGAAAAGUUAUUUUAUUUGCAGGAGAUUUUAGGCAAAAUCUACCAAUAGUGCCACAUGCACAUAAAGCAGCAAUAAUUGAGUCGACUGUUAAAUAUAACCCGAUAUGGAGGAAUGUAAAUCAAGUUAAACUCCAGCAAAAUAUGAGAACUGGAGAGGAAAAAAAAUUUGCAAGUUGGCUGUUGGAACUCGGAGAAGGUAAAUUGUCUAAUACGGAUGGAUUACAUCCUGAGACAAUUGAAAUUCCUCAGGAUUUUAUAUCAAAAGGAUCUCUUAUAACUGAGAUUUUUGGUGAUAAAAUUAACAUGGAACAAAUCAAAGUUAACUAUGAUCGAGUAAUCCUUUGUCCUAAGAAUGAGGACACAUUCAAAAUUAAUGACGAAAUCCUUUGUCUAAUGGAAGGAGAAACAAAGGAAUAUCUCUCAAUUGACUCUAUUGUUCUAACUGCCCCAGCUCGAAGUCAAAUUGUCUUCUUACCAAGGAUAGAUUUCCUUUCAAAUGACUCGGAACUCCCGUUUAAGCUCAAACAAAGACAGUUUCCUAUUAGAAUGGCAUUUACUAUGACAAUCAAUAAAUCACAGGGACAAACUUUAGAAAAAGUUGGGAUUUAUCUGCCACAACCU